AUAGUAGACCAUAUAUAAAUAAUCGAUCAUUGUUUUAUUUUGAAGUUUAUUGCCGGAAGAUCGGUGUUGAGCUGAAAUAAAAAAAGUUUUAGCAUCAUUUAGGUUGACUAGCAGUAAUUUACAUACCUUUUCUAUUGAAUGGGAAUUAUCGGGAAUGGAGUACUCUGACAGUCCAUGCAGGAGCUGAUAGAGACGAAGCCCAGCGUCAUGUCGAGCGAUGAACCAGACAGGCCCACGCAACCAGGGACUUUCCUAAGCCGUCAGACCGGCAACAGCGGCCUCGCGCCGGGUGCAGGCGACGUAGACUUCCCGGUGUGUGUGGUUCUUCCUGCCGGGGGCAGCGGAGAGAGGACAGGGUUGCUAACGCCCAAACAGUUCUGCCUGUUACUGAGCCGGCCGCUUAUAAGCUACACCAUUCAGACUUUUGAGAGGGUGUCAUGGAUCCAGACCAUCGUGGUGGUCGUUGCCAAAGAAAACAUGGACUUAAUGGCGGGCAUCAUUCAGCGUUUUCGCCACACCAAGGUCCGAGUGGUGCCAGGUGGCUCGACGCGUCACAGGUCCAUACGUAACGGUGUCCUGGCCCUGAAGGAGGACGAGGGGUCGAUAGCAGGAAGGCCAAAGGUCAUCAUUAUCCACGAUGCCGUGCGGCCUUUUGUGGAAGAGGACUUCCUGUACAAGAUCACAAUGGCUGCCCGGGGACAAGGAGCGGCGGGGGCCAUCCGACCUCUUGUUUCCACGGUGAUCGCUACGACAUCAGAGGGCUACCUGGACCACUCCCUGGAGCGAGCAAAGUACAGAGCCAGCGAGAUGCCUCAGGGCUUUGCGUACGAUGUCAUCCAUGAAGCCUAUGAGAGGUGCACCGAGGCCGACUUCGACUUUGGUACUGAGUGUCUCCAUCUGGUCCUGCAGUACUGCAGCACCAACGCUAAGCUUGUUGAGGGUCCGCCAACACUAUGGAAGGUUACAUACAAACGGGACUUGGCUGCCGCGGAGUCCAUCGUCAAAGACACUCUGUCGCAGUCGCUCUGCAUGAUCACAGGCGGACGUGAGCAUGCGAGGAUGCUGGCCGACACCCUCCACAAGGCUUUUUUCGCCCUGCAAAUGGAGCUGGACAUCAUCCCAGAUCUGACAGGAGACAACGUCAGGUAUCUGUUUAAGACCUGGAACUUCAUCCAGUUUUCUAUUAAUGACUCCGCCCUGGAUACAAUUGAGACCACAUUUCAGGCCUUAGAGGCUGCCAAUCAAACUCUUCUCCAUCCGGUGGUCGUCGUUUGGGUCAAUGUAAGCACUUUGGAUGGAGGAGCGUCAGAGCCAGCAGCCAUCAUGGAAUUGGCCUCUGCAGCCAAACUGCGGAACAUUCUCUUGUACGGCAUCCAUCUGCAGCAGUCAAAGGACCCCGAGUGCUGGGAGAGGUCUGUGUCAAAGGUCGCAGAGAUGACGUCCGCCUUGAUACGAGAGCGGAGCCCCGCGUUCGCAGGACAACUUCUGCAGGCCUGACGCCGCAAAAACGGCCAUCAUACAUCAUGAACACGUGUUUACAUUUGUGACUAAAGGAGCACUAGGAUUUUUUUUUCUUCUCUAAAUUCCUGAAAUGAAAAAGGUUUUCCAAGCCAGAAGCUGUCACUUCUCUGCCUGGUCCACGUCUUCUAGUUUGGGAGAUCAACGCAGAUCUUGAUGCGAGUGCUUUCAAAGGCAUGGACUUUGACAUGGGUAAUUGUUGGAAUGUUCCUUUAAUGCCCUCCAGUAGCUGAUUUUUUUCUGGGUUUUUAAGCACUCGUGAAAAAAAAAAAGGGUAAGCUGGCUUUUUUGUGAUAAUAAACUUUUACAGAGUGAAGACAAAUAAUAAAUUGUGGCCUGUUGUCCCACAUCCCAUUAAAGUUUUUAAUUGAAUCCUUCGUCCGACUUUGGUCGGACGAAGGAUUCGUCAACAGAGUUGGUUGCCGCCUGUAGUUAGUAUUUUUAAAUACUAUUUCCAUGUACUUUGAAACAGAUUAAAUAUUA